CGUACACAACCCCAAGGCGGUUUGAGUGGGCGUGUUCGGCAGUAGGCGGGGCUCACUUUCGCAGGGAAAAAAAAAAUAAAAAAAUUAAAGGGACUUCCGGCUAAAUCCGCGAUCUUGCUGUUCUUAUCCAUGGAGAGUUUACCGGAUCCCACGCUAUACACUGUGCGCGCGGUCAUCAUUUUGGAUCAGGACGGAAAUCGACUUGUAGCCAAAUAUUAUGACUGCACAUUCCCAUCGUUGGUGGAGCAGCGAGAAUUUGAAAGAAAGAUAUUCCACAAGACCCACAGAUCUGAAAGUGAAGUGGUACUCGUGGAUGGUGUGACAGCGCUCUGCCAACGCUCAGCUGAUGUUUUGUGUUACAUAAUUGGCGGGCCUGAUGAGAACGAGCUGAUGCUUCUGUCCGCGCUGACAUGUCUAUGCGAAAGCCUGUGCCACAUACUACGGAAAAAUGUGGACAGAAAUUUGCUGCUGGAAAAUAUGGACACAGUUUUUUUGAUUCUUGAUGAAAUCAUUGAUCAGGGCGUGAUUUUGGAGUGCGAAUCCCAGAAAGUCAUUCAGAGACUCAACUUCAAGACGGUGUCGGAACAAGCAUUCGGCUUUGUGCUGUUUGACUACAUCGCUGGCAGCAGUGAGCAGAGAGAAGGCCAUAGGAGGUCAGCGCUGGAGUGAUUGAGGUUACCGACCCCACAAUGAUGACGGCAAUAGUCCCGCGAUUGUCCAUACCUACCACCUGUAAAACCAUGUGCCUCAUAUACAGAAACUAAUGGAGGUAUUAAGGUGCUCUUACAAUGCAAGUGCUAUUGGCGGUAGCUACCAUGUGCGUUCCUUGCAGGCGGCACCUGGACUUGCCGCUUUAAGCAGUGGUGAAUCCAGGUGCAGCCCACAUUUACUGGUGAUGAGUAAGUGCUUAAGGCCGCAGCUAGCACUUUGUAUUUGCUGAUAAUUUCGGGCUGCACUUGGACUUGGCACUGCUUAAAGGGGAACUCCGCCCCUAGAAAUCUUAUCCCCUAUCCAAAUCUUAUCCCUGCACCCGACGUUCGUUUAGAGCGUCGGGUGCAGUGAAGGAGGCUCGUGACAUCACGGUCACGCCCGCUUGU